AUGGUUUUUACGUUGCUUCCAUUGGAUUAAUCUUCGCUUUAAAAUUAUUUUAAUUUAAGAACGAACGGCGGAGAGAUUCAAUUGAUUGAACUAUGGAGGUGUUACCGGAGGCAGAUUGUGAAGAGGACGCUACUAUAACAGAUGAUGAAGAGGGAGUUCGAGAAUUGAAGAGCAGGCUGUCUAACAUACGAAUAACCCCCACAGUUACACACAUAGCAAACCCAAGACCUCAAGUGGACCUUUCCAAAUGUCCAUCCUCAUAUAAGGAGAACUCCUCACAGGAGAAGCUCAUGUUUGCGAUGGCUGAAAACUUCCGUCAGCAGUAUGCUCUUUUAUAUCCUGAUAACAAAGUGCUUCUUCUGUGUCCUGUAAAUGAGUGCGGUGUUCAGAAAUUUGUAAGCACCACCUUGCGAAGCACAUUGCUGCCGUAUCCUGAGCUGUACGACUGGGAGGGAUGUGCUAGUUUUGUGUCUGAUUAUCUCACGUUGGAGCUCUUGGAUCCACCAUUUGAACUUCCCAAGCAGCUGUCAUCGCCCACCUGGGUUCUGCAGACUCAGAGAGGCACAUGUUUUGAUUUCUCCAGUGUGCUGUGUAGCCUGUUGUUGGGCGCAGGAUACAACGCUUACUGCGUCAGUGGGUACGCUACUAAAGAGAUGUGUCUUCUCGAUCAGUCACGGGAAGAAUGUCCCUUACUGCAGACUCAAAUCCAAGGGAAAACAGAGGAACCGAAGAAGACAUUGAGGAAAUACUCUGUGAAACCCCCACGCGACUUGCACAGCUCCUUUGAAAAGCAUCAAGAGGAGAAACGGCAGACAGAAGCUAAAGAAGCAGCGCUGAAGGAACAACUGGAAGCUGAGAGACUUCAGAAGGAGAAAGAACGUCCACCACCCGACCCUCUUCUGGGCUUGAGAGUUCACAGCUGGGUUCUGGUGCUCUCAGGGAACCGGGAGGAACCUGAGAACUUCUUCAUUGACCCUCUGACAGGCAAGAGCUACUCCACCACCAAUGAGAACUUUCUGGGCAUAGAGAGCGUCUGGAACCAUCAAAACUACUGGGUCAACAAACAAGACUGCACUUUCGGUUGUGGGGAGAUGACCUUUGACAUGGGCGAUCUAUCAAAGUGGGAGUAUAUGUUGUGUGGCCUAACUAGCCAAUCAAUGUCAAACAUUUCUGAGCCAAAGACACUCCAAGAGUCAGAAGAUGAGGAAGAAGAGGAAAUGGAUGAGCUGAAAGUGUUUGAAAUGCCUCCAUCUUGGGUGACUAAAAUAGAGAUUUCACCCCCAGAUAUGGAAAUGCGUUUUCCAGGGGGUAUGAAGGUUGUCCAGUACAGGAAAGCCAAGCUGGAGAAGUUUGCCCCUUACCUUCAGAUAGAUGGUCUUGUGACAAAACUCACCAUUUAUAAAGACCUUGAUUGCACACAACCCAGCACUGUUAAGGAAUGGUUCAGUCACCGAGGUGACUGUCUUGACGAGAGAGAACUUCACACAGACAGCAAUGUGACAUCUGAGCAUUUCAGGCCUGGAAGAAAGGAUGCUCUCAGAUGCCACAGGUACGUCACUUUAGUUCCUGAGACGGAGCGCCAGAUGGACUUUUAUAGUCAUACUCGCACUGACGGUCUAGCCAGAAGAAUCGAGAAGCCUUUCGAAAUGACAGAAACCUUUGAAGAUCGGACUGACUUCCUCUUUUAUCGACAUGUUGUUUACGGAAAGCAAGUCAAAGUGAUUUGGGCUGGAGAGGCUUUUGAACAACGGCCUAUAAGGAGGGUGGAGGAGCGGUUCCACAGAGAUCCUUCUAAGCCGGCAAGUAAAGAUGUGGCUGAACGGGUCUUUAUGAUGUCUGACAGACGGAUCCAGGUGACCUAUCAUCUAGAGGACGACAGGAUCAUCCCAGCUUGGCUCAACUUCAUGAAACCCAAAGAAGCGGCAGACUCGCAGAAAGCACAAGCUUUUACUCCACAGAUGGUUUCUGGCUUUCAGGUGGAUCGUUCUGCGAAACCCUACAAGAACUUGAAGUUGCAUGAAAUGCUUGAGCAAUUGAUGAAAGACGAGGAGAACGUUGAACUUGGGAUCAGAGAUUCGGAAAAAGCGGUAUUACAGUUCACAAGCACAACAACAAAUGUUUUUGUUCAGCCGAUCAUAUUGACGUUAGCGUGUGUGUUUCAGGUAAAGUCCAUUCUGUCUUCGAGAAAAAAGGAGGAAAGUAAUACUGAUCUGCUGGUCUCUAUAUACAACACUAUGAGGAACAAGAUGGCACAUCAGCACAUGGAAGAAAAGGAACGUAUGGCUAAAGAAAAGAAGCAGCGGCAGAAAGAGAAAGAGCUGGACCUGUUGGCUCCUUUUCAGGCCCGACUGGGACUACCAGAAGCCCUCACGCACCAGGAAGCACUUCAGUUGCAGACAGAGUGUCUGACUGAGUUUAAACAGCUGCUUAAUAACAAAACCAGCCGUAUCCAGAGCAGAAUCGAAAAGGAGAUAGAGGAGUUGCAGAAGAAGCAGCAGUGGUACCAGAAGAGCCAGCUCCCCUUGACCGCUGAGGACGAUUACCUCGCCUACUACUCUGAAGCCAUGUUCAGGAUCCACAUCCUCAAAAUGAGACUCAGUCGACACAAGGAGAGGGGUCCUCAGAAGACUCUGGCCCUGGUGGAGAAUCUAAAAAGACAUCCAAAGUUGGCCAGUCACUCAUUGUGACACAAGACAAGUGUAUCCUUGUGGUCUACCA